GGUUGGUCCUCAGCUUCUUGUUCUUGGUAAAGCUCCUCAGCAGUUUGGUUUAUGUGUGUCACUGUUGCAACGAUUACUAGAGAAGUAUAAAUCUAUUGGAGACAUUACCAAGAGGAACACUCCAUCAUGGAAUAUUAAUUAUCGCUCACAAGCUGGCAUUUUAGAGUUACCUUCUAAGUUGUUUUACAAUUCAGAGCUGAAAGAUUGUGGUAGAGUACCAUACCACCUCAAGGCUCCUUAUCCUUAUGUUUUUAUAUGUUCCAGUUUUACUAAUGAUAUUCCAGUUGAUGCUCAGUGUUCUGUAGAGGCUGAUAGACUCCUUCAAGCAGUGCAGCUACACAGUGACAAGUUCAAAAGCUGGGAACUGAAUGAUACUUGCAUUAUGACUCCAAGUUUAAAACAGGCAAACCUUAUUAGAGAACAGAUAAGAACUAAAUUUAAGAAUUUGAAAGGUGUUAAUGUUAUCACAAGUUAUCAAAUGCAAGGGCAGGAAUAUCGUAUGCUUUUUAUGAGCACUGUCGAGAGUUUGGAAUUUAAUGGUAGACCAUUUGAUCCUUUGAAGAGCUUCUGUAGUCCAGCACUAUUUAAUACAGCAAUCACACGCUCUAAAAGUCUUGUAGUAGCUGUAGGUAAUCCUCUUGUACUGCUGUUGUCUGAAGCUACUAUGGAUAAUCCUAAAUGGUGCUGGAGAGAAUUCAUUUCAAGAUGCCUUCGAAAUGAAACAUUCAAAAGCACUCCUUCUGACUGUGCUCAUUUUAAACAAGUAGAAGCACAGUUUUUUCGCAUGCUGAAGUGUGAAAACCCAACUGAUUUAAUUAAAUUGUUUCAAAAUAAAGGCUACUCUGAAACUCAUUCUACAAAAGCUACUACACAUGUGCUUCCUAUCCCAUUAUCUACUCCUCUUUUACCUCAACGAUCCAUUCAACCAUCACGAUCACCAUCUAUGAAAGACCAAAGUCAAGUGUCUGCUUCUUUAAUAAAUAAAAUUUCUCCAGCAAGGAUGCAACAACCAUCUAAAGCUGCACAAGCACCUAUAAUUCAAUCUCUUGCACCAGGAAAGAAAAAUCAGUCUCCAGUAGCUAAAAAACAGCCAUCUUCACAUGGAAAUAGACCAGCCAAUAAUUCUUUGUCGCACAGUAUUCAAGCAAAGAAUUUAUCACCUCAGAAACAUUCUGGGCGACCACUGAACAAUUUACAAUCUAAGCAAAGUCCCCUGGGAAGUCAGCACUUACCUAUUAAAAGCACCCCACCUCAAAAACAGAAUGAAUCUCCAUGGAGACAACUUCCACCUGUUAAUGCAUUGUCAUUAAAAAGUACACAACAAUUCUCUCCAGACACUGCAGGAAACACGCCUGAGUAUUCUGAGCCAUGUAUGGGUUCUGCUCUUUCCGAUGAUAGCCAGAGAACAGCCAUGAAUAUCAAGGCUCCAUAUUUUCAGAAUAAUACAAAAGAUUUAAUAUUGAAAAAGUUUUUUGUGGAACAUAAUCACAGACCAUUUGAUAGAAAGCUUUUGACUUCUAGACUGACAAGACAAAACUAUAAAGAAAAGUUUUAUCAGCUUCUUUGCCGCGAAGAAGAAGAACAUGAUAGGCUUUUGAAAGAAAGAUGUGACGGAUUUUAUACUCUCUCUAUUGUGAAUGGCCAUAGAUUCCUUGAAGAGAUCCAGUCUAAUUAUAUGGUUUUUGGUCAAAUAGUUAGUAAAACAUUAGAUGCUGAUGCAAUAGCUUAUGCUCAUCAAGCAAGUGAAGGCAAAGUUAUAUUAGAUGUUUCUUCUGAAAUCAUACAGGCAGAUAUUGUACGUUCAAAAGAUAAAGAUGACAGGUGUUUGUUCUUAGGUUUUUCUAACUGCCUUGAUAUUAAGCAGCCAAUUCAAGUCUAUGUGACUUUUGUUUUGAAGUAUUCUUAUUUUGACCGUCUUCAUAAAGCUAUUGACAGGCUCUCAUCAUCUAUGAUAAAUCGUUUAGUACCAGUUGAUUGUAGCAAUUUCACAAUAUCUACUUUAAAGCCUACUCUUUCCAAUAGUUAUCCAGAUAUAAUUAGUUUAGAUUAUUCUCAAUGCAAAGCCCUAGAAACUAUAAUAAAGUGUGAGUCAAGUAAAGCACCAGCUCUAGUGAUUGGGUCAUUUGGUACGGGAAAAACACGUCUACUAGCUCGAGCUGCUUAUGAAAUAUUAGAGAAAUCAGAAAGAAAUAGGGUUUUAAUUUGUGCUCAUCAUCAGCAUUCUGCCGACAGUUUUAUAAUUGAUUAUUUUUCCAAGAUACGUAAUUGUAAGUGGUCUUCAGAUGUUGUUCGUUUGAUUCCCAGUAGUUCAUAUAACUUCAAGCUGACCCUUGAACAAUAUUAUCACACUUGGCAUAGACUUUCAAGGGAAAAGGAGAGAGAUGUUCGCUUAGUCGUUACAACAUUUUCAACUUCUCUUCAUCUUUAUUUAUAUGCCCGUGUUAAAAAGGGUUUUUUUACUCACAUUCUGUUAGAUGAAGGUGCUCAAACUCGAGAACCAGAAUCUAUUGCUCCUCUUUGCUUAGCUGAUGAUAAUACACAAAUUGUAAUUGCAGGAGACCACAAACAAGUUGGUCCCUCCCUCUUAGUUUUAGGAGAAACAGCAAUUCAAUAUGGUCUCAGUCAGUCGUUAUUGGAAAGAUUGCACCAUGCUUAUAAUAGUAAAGCUUUAGGUCGCCAAAUAAAUGUUUUUUCUCACUGUUCUACUCUUCUAACCAACUUCAGAUGCCAUCAUGCUAUACUGUCACUGCCUUCAUUUUUGUUUUAUGAUUCUGCAUUAAUGCUAGGAGCUGAAGCAGUUACUCAUCUUCAUCCACUUUCCAACUAUCCUCUUCAUUUUAUAUGUUCAGGACUUAGUAAUGAGAAAGAAGUACAUGAUAAUACUAAUGACUUUGAGGUGGAUUUAUUGCUGUCUAAAGUAAAGAAGUAUGUUGAUAGUUGGCCAAAAGAAUGGGGCUCAAGGAAUCUAUCUAAAGUGUGUGUGAUGACAACUACUGCUCAUCAGAAAUUUAGAGUCAUGAAUGCAAUUCGAAAAAAAACUUCACCAUUUAAGUGUCUGAAUCAAAUUGAAAUAAAAACAGUCUUUGAUAUUCAAGGUUGUGAGUAUGAGGCAAUUUUUCUUAGUACAGCAGAGCCUACUACAAGAGAAGGCAAAUCUAAAAAUCCAACCAAGACACCUUGCAGUCAAUAUGUAUUCAAUACUGCAUUAACACGUGCUAAAUCGCUUGUAGUGUGUGCUGGUAAUCCGUUUCUAUUGAUGACAAUAGAAGAAAGCAUGGGUAAUGAAUGCUCUUGUUGGAAAGAGUANCAUUAGAAGGUGUAUACUUUCUAAAACUUUUGUGCCCCUAACACUUCAAUGUACAAAUAGCGAUCAA